CCAAACCCCUCCAUUUCCACCGAAACUUGCAAAAUGUCCGCCCAACUGCAGAAGAUCAUCGCCGACAACUCGGAGCUCAUUCAGGAGAAGAGCAAGAAGAGCGACCAGGAUGAGCUCGGCAAGCGAAUUGAUGCGCUGCUCUGGGAGGUGGACACUCUUCAGAAGAACAUUGCCGAGACUAAGGAAAUGUGUCGGCGUUGGGGAGACGAGCGGAAGAGAGAAGCCGCCGAAUUCGCCAAACUCCUCGACUCUUCCGAUGAUGACCAAAACUGAGCUUUCACCUCCACAAAUCCAUAUCAAUUUCAUUUUCUUUCUGCCAAAAAAUGUAUUUAUAUUAAAAAAUUGUUCACUGUAAAAUUGCAAUAAACGUUACUAUGUGU